AUGAGCGACGACCAGGCCUUGGAAAUAUUCCUGAAAUCCCCCGUCACCCAGGACAUGAUCCACCACCUGGUGACGGUCACCUUGCAGGUUCUGCCCUGCGAGUCCUCCAAAACCAUCACCCAGAAGGUCAAGUCGCCAGCCGACGCAGAGCCCGUGCUCAAGACCAAGCCCCUACCCUCGCUCAUGACCUUCAUCACCAAGCUCGUCCGCUACACCAACGUCUACACGGGAACGCUGAUGUCGACCAUCGUGUUUCUCAACAGACUCAAGGCCAAGCUUCCCCGGGACGCCCAGGGCCUGCCUUGCACGCGCCAUCGCAUAUUUCUGGCCUGUCUGAUCAUCUCUUCCAAGCACCACAACGACUCCUCGCCCAAGAACAAGCACUGGAGCAAGUACACGGACGGCUUGUUCCGCAAGGAGGACGUCAACCUGAUGGAGCGCCAGCUGCUCAUGUUGCUGGACUGGGACCUGAGGAUUUCCAAGGACGAGCUUCUGCGGGCCUGGAAGCGGUUCCUGGACCCGAUUCGCGCCGAGCUGCGCAAGAAGGAGAGAACGCGCAAGCCAGUGCCGGCCACGCCUACGAUCACCGUCACCGCGUCGCCAGCGUCUCCUGUCCUGCUCACGCCGGUCAAGUCGCUGUGCAGCUCGCGCUCGUCGUCCGUGUCGUCGCUGGACACCCUGCACUCUCGCGCCUCGUCGGUGUCCAGCACCUCGAGCCAGCUCCUGGACGACUACUCUCUUGGUAAGCUAAUCGACACCGUUGCGCAGCAGGAGGAGCAACAGCUCAACAAUCUAAUGAGACAGUACUGUUCUGUCUCGUCGCAUAGCAUUCGCCCAUAG